GAAGGAGAACCUGAACGUGUUUUGUCGCUACGAAGUUUAUAAAUGUGAGCGUCUCCACGUCACUCUGCUGUUUGAUCAGAGAGCGAUGGCGGGUCCUGAGCUCCUGCUGGACUCAUCCAUCCGGUUGUGGGUCGUCCUGCCCAUCGUCUUCAUCACCUUCUUCGUUGGGAUCAUCCGUCACUACGUCACUCAGCUGCUGCAGAGCGACAAGAAGGUCGACCUGGAGCAGGUUUCUGACAGCCAGGUGCUGCUGCGCAGUCGCAUCCUCAGAGAGAACGGAAAGUACAUCCCUCGACAGUCUUUUGCGAUGAGGAAACAUUACUUCAACAACGUCGAGACAGGUUUUUUCAAGAAUGUCAAAAGGAAGGUCAUCCCCAAGAACCCCAUGACCGAUACGAGCAUGUUGACGGAUAUGAUGAAGGGAAACUUGACCAACGUUCUUCCGAUGAUUGUAAUUGGUGGAUGGAUCAACUGGGCGUUCUCUGGAUUCGUCAUCACUAAGGUGCCAUUCCCUCUGACGCUGAGGUUCAAGCCGAUGUUGCAGCGAGGGAUCGACCUGCUGUCUCUGGACGCCUCAUGGGUGAGUUCUGCCUCCUGGUACUUCCUGAACGUGUUUGGACUGAGGAGCAUGUACAGCCUGAUCCUGGGACAGGACAACGCUGCUGACCAAUCACGGGUCAUGCAGGACCAGAUGACUGGUGCUGCCAUGGCGAUGCCCCCUGACCCCAACAAAGCUUUCAAGAGCGAGUGGGAGGCGCUGGAGAUCGUGGAACACAAGUGGGCACUGGAGAACGUGGAGGAGGAGCUGAUGUCCAGAGACCUGAACUUUGGAAACGUCUUCAGCCAGGACCUCAAGUCCACCACGUUCUGAAAACCAGCAGGAGCUGAGGGGCGUCUUGAGAGGCGUUCAAGAAGCCCGUCUUUGAACAGGACACUUCUGAAACAGACUUCACACAAAACCCCCAAAGAGAUCCUGAAAGUCUCCGUUUGGCCUUUUUCUAAGACGACUCAACUCAAGCUUCACAGAGUGCCUUCAAAACCCCCGAGUCCGGUCUCUGGGUACUCACUGUUUCAAAACACUGAGCCGCUCUCUCUGUCCUCCCAUUGUAGACCAGGUCCUGCAUGUUUUCAGUAAAACCAGCAAAUUGUAGACCAGGUCCUGGUGUGGCAGCAGACUGGUGUCUCUGGAUGCAGGAAUGAGACAUUUAAAGACCGCUGGGACAUUUGAGGAAGACAGAGUUCAUGUUGUUCCUGCAGGACGUCUGCACUGGUGACUGAGCUGAGGCGGUCCAAUGAGAGCGCAGCAGAUGAAUUAAAGGAUCCAAUGAGAGACCUGAUUGUGGUCUGUGUUUUAUUGUUUCACUGUUGUCAUGGUAAUAAACACACGUGACGCUGUU